CACACUUUUCGUUUUCUUCUCUUUCACUGUCUCUUUCACUUUACACACACACUCUCUCUUACCCCCCCCCACUCAUGCCUAAGGAACUCAAAGUAUUCACCCGCGAGGAAGUCGCCAAGCAUAGCUCUGAGGAUGACUGCUGGAUUAUCAUUGACUCUGAAGUCUAUGACGUGAGCACCUUUGCUGAUAUGCAUCCAGGAGGCGCUGAACUUUUACUUGAGUUUGGUGGCAAAGAUGUUACAGAUGACUUUUACGGUCUCCAUCGUCAAGAGGUCAUUGUCAAGUAUGCUCCUCGUCUCAAGAUCGGCACUAUUGCAAAUGAGAAAGCACAGAUCGCCAUUCCCAAGCCUGGCGAUUUGUCCAAGGUGCCUUAUGCCGAACCAAGCUACUGGAUGGGCUUCAAAAGCCCUUACUUCAACGAGAGCCACACUAAAUUCCGCCAGGCACUCCGUGAGCUCUAUGCCGACAUCAAGCCUGACGCCAUCAUCAACGAAGAACUCGGCAAGGCACCCAGUCUCGACUUGUACAAGUUCUUGGGUGAGGAAGGCGUUUUAGCUUCCCAGAUUGGUCCUGGCCCUUGGCUCAAGGGUCUAAAGUUGCCCGGUGGCAUUAAGCCUGAGGACUUUGAUUAUUUCCACGAAAUGAUUGCUCACGAGGAAACUGCACGUGUCGGCGCACCUGGCUUUGUUGACGGUAUUUCUUCCGGUUAUAGCAUUGGUUUGCCUCCCGUCUUCAACUUUGGCCCACCCCAUUUGAAGGAGCGUGUCGUGCCUGAAGUGCUUUUGGGUCGCAAGCGUAUCUGUCUUGCCAUCACUGAACCUUACACUGGCUCUGAUGUCGCUCAAAUCCGCACCACUGCUAAACGCACUCCUGAUGGCAAGCACUUUAUCGUGAAUGGUGUCAAGAAGUGGAUCACCAACGGUACCUUCGCUGACUACUUUAGUGUGGCUGUUCGUACCGAGAAGGGUAUCACUAUGCUUUUCAUCGAGCGCUGUGAAGGCCUUGAGACCAAGGGUGUCAAGACUUCGUACUCGGCUGCUGCUGGUACUUCAUACAUCACCUUCGAAAAUGUCAAGGUGCCUGUCGAGAACAUUCUUGGCAAGGAAGGUCAGGGCUUCCAGGUCAUCAUGUACAACUUCAACCACGAGCGAUGGUAUAUUUGCAGCUCAAUCAUUGCAUCCACUCGUUCGAUCAUCGAAGGUAAAUGCUUCAAAUGGGCACAUCAGCGAAAAGUUUUCGGCAAGCGCUUGAUCGACCAGCCUGUCAUUCGUGCGAAGAUCGGUGCCAUGAUUUCGCAACUUGAGCCCUGUCAAAACUGGCUUGAAAACAUCACUUACCAGAUGUGCAACAUGCCUUAUCUCGAGCAAUCCCAAAAACUUGCUGGCUCCAUCGCUUUGCUUAAAUACCAAGCUACGCGUGUUGCACACAAUGUUUCUGAUGACGCUUGUCAGAUCUUUGGUGGUAGAGGUAUCACCAAGACUGGUAUGGGUAGAGCUGUCGAGUCCUUCCAAAGAACCUACAAGUUUGCUGCAAUUCUUGGUGGUUCCGAGGAGAUCAUGAGUGAUCUCGGUGUGAGACAGGCCAUGAAGUACUUCCCCAAGAACGCCAGAUUGUAAUGGCACAUGAGUAACAAUCGUGCGUAUACAGCUUAAAACAUUUGUCUUGGUUAUUCGAAAUAAAAAAUCAUCAUCGUCGCAUUUUUUUUGUAAUUGUGAAAG